AAAAAAGUGUCAAUUUAAUUAGCGUCUCGGCGGCCGAAAUAAUUUGAAGAGAUAUCGAGGCGAAACAAGUCAUUGGAACCUCGGAUUGGAUUCGCAAUUGCUACCUGUGGCUCCACCUCCUCCUCCAAUUCGCAACGAUCCUCGGCCAAUUCCAGCUAAAUACAGCACGCUGCCCAUGUGACAACAAUAAAUACACAGAGAGUGUACAGAAAGCACACAGCAAAACAGAGAAAGCGAAAGCGAAGCGGCGGAAGGGGCAACCGCAGGGCGGCGGACAUGGCGUAUACGCAAUGCGCAGCAUGUGUUAUUACUAUCGCUGCUACUGCCACGGCCACCUCGAGUCAAUUAAGAAAUUCACACGCCAACGGACACUGUAAUUGAAACCUGUAACCGUCCGUACCUCUCUUCUUCCCCACCUUUUUGCUAUUUGCUACCCUAGAAUACUCGAUCGCAGAGGGCAUCCUCUGAAGCACCUUUCGAAAAUGUCCGCCUUUCGCUAUUUCUCGAUCACGGACUUUACCUUUAAUGGACCACUGCCGCCGCUGCAUGCUGCCGCCACCACAAGUCGGGAGGCAAAGGAGUCGGACAGUCCCAGCUCUGAGCUGAAUAUACCCUACACCGUCUUCGAGGUUCUGGUGGCCAUUGUCAGCAUCAUUGGCAACGUCCUGGUGAUCAUUGUCUUCCGGAGGGAGCGGAAACUGCGAAGGCGCACCAACUACUAUAUCGUAUCGCUGGCCAUGGCCGACUUCCUGGUGGGCAGCCUGGGCAUACCCUUCGCCAUCCUGGCCUCACUGGGACUGCCGCGGAAUCUGCACGCCUGUCUCUUCACCUGCUCCCUGCUGGUAGUUCUGUGCACCAUCUCCAUCUUCUGCCUGGUGGCCGUCUCCGUGGACCGAUAUUGGGCCAUACUCUAUCCGAUGGCUUACUCGCGGAAUGUGAGGACACGCACGGCAAUUGUCAUCAUCUCGAUGUGCUGGGUGGCUGGUACAAUAGUGGGCUUCCUGCCCCUCUUCGGCUGGCAUGCCGAUGUAGGAGAUAACCAGGAGUGUCUAUUCGUUGAGGUGAUGGACUAUGAUUACCUCGUUUUUCUCUACUUUGCCACGAUCAUCACUCCGGCCUUGCUCAUGCUGGCAUUCUACACGCACAUCUAUAGGGUCAUCAUCAAGCAGGUCCGUCAGAUUGUGACCAUGAACCCUGCCUCGGAUCUCAGUCGACGCUCCUCGGCGGCGGCCGUUCAGGUGACCACACCGGGCAGAGGGGGCCAUGCGGGCACUAUGCUUCGUGUCUUAGGUGCCGCCAGAAAGCGGGAUGUUAAGGCCACCCAGAACCUGUCCAUCAUUGUGCUGUUCUUCAUGAUCUGCUGGAUACCGCUGUACACGAUCAACUGCAUCAAGGCCUUCUGUCCGCAGUGCUAUGUGCACCCAAAGCUCACGCUCUUCUGCAUUAUCCUGACGCAUCUCAAUUCGGCGGUGAAUCCUGUCCUGUAUGCCUAUCACCUCAAGGAUUUCAGGGCGGCGCUGAAGAACCUUCUGCUGCGGAUGAUGGGCGUGGACAUUGACCAACAGGCGGAGGCCAUUCACCGCUUCUCGAUGGCCAGCCAGCACCGCCUGCAGUCCAUGGACUCCAAUAUGCGCUCCACGCAGCCGCGCCUCUAUGUGGGUGAGUAUUCACCCAUCUGGUUGAGGCAGCAACAGGAGGCUCUGAAGAACUCACAGCUCCUGCCCAAGUGCGGUGUCGUCUCUCCGUGUUUUAAUAACAUCAAUCAAACGGUGGCCGCCGUGGCCUCUGUGACCACGGAAAUCGAGCGGGAGAUGUGGAACAUUGUGGAGGCCUCUAGUGGCGCCGAGCUGGGUGAGACCAGCUACGAGUUUCCCUCGCCAGCUCCCGUCUCGCAGCGCAGCAGCAGCUCCACGGCGCCACCGGCUCCUACACCUGCUCCUCCUUCUGGUCAUCCUGUGAAGCCUUCUCUUCCGUCCGCCUCGUAUGACAACCACAACUAUAGUUUUAGCCAGGAUGAGGAGGAGGACGACGACAACGAUGACGAUCUGGAAUUCGAAGAUGUCUUUGUGCCAGCCAGCUCUGUUCCAAAUCCCCAGCAGACUGGCGUCGAUCCCGUGGAGUUGCGACGCUCUUUGGCUUUGGUCAUGCGGGAGAAGCUACGCUCGGAUGACACGGAUUCUAGACUUCCUGAGAGAAAUCUGCAGGAGCUAUCCACAGAAACGGAGACUAGGGAUAGACCACUUUCCAUCCAAACCUCACCUACAAAUGGACCCCUCCCGGCCAUGCUGAGGGCCAAGCUCUUUGCGGGCAACUCCAAUAGCGCCCACUGCCUGCCGGCAGCCUCCAGUUCUGCCCCCCAGGACAGCGCAGGAGUCUUUGUCAUAGACAGCGAAGCAAAUCCUGGAGCCCAAACUGGUCACAAGCCCAAGUAUCGCAAGGGAACGGCAAUGACAAGGAGCUCCCUGAAGAAGAGCAGGUCCUGCAACUGCAAUGCCAGUGCUCCAGGAGCCAAGGGAUCCGGGGGUAAUCCCAGCGAGCAACGAGAGUCACACCACCACCAUCCACCGCCUCCACCACCGCCGGAGAACUUUUUCAGUCCUCUGCGAUCGGUGGGCAACUUCAUGCAGCAUUCCAACCUGUUCCACUUCCUGCAGCCACACGCUCCCAGGGCUGCCUCAUCAACGGCCUCCUCCUCGGCUUCCACGCCCUCACCCACACCAUCUCCGCCGCCCGUUAUCCAGGAGGAGUCGGUGCUGACCACUUCAUCGCCUUCCCUGCUGGCGACCAGAGCGGAAAGUUGACCUCCAAUUGGGGAGGGGCGGAGGUCACCAGUCGCCAGGAGGAGGAGGAGGAGAUGGGUCAGGACAAGGAAGGAUGAUGAGGAAAUACUCGCAAGUCAAAGCUUUUACGUUAAGUACUUCCCAACUCUCAUUAGCUCUGUCUCUCUGUCGGAUUAGGUAAACAGUUGUCAAAUUCCAUCGGAUCUAGAUCAAUUAGUUGGGUAGUGACAUAUACACAUAAGUAUCUGGAGAGCCAGGUAAAUAGUUGGGGAUUUUGAAAUACUUGAAAGGUAUGCUACAAAGUCAUUCACUUAUAGAUACUUCUUCAAGUCUUUACAAAUCCUUUACGCGUCCUGCAACGAUUUCCUCAGUACAUGUGUUGAGAUUAGAAGUUACGCGCAUUUAUUUUGACGUUUCUAUGGAGUAGUUAAUUAUAUUAUAUGUAAAUAAUGUUUAAUGUUGUUAGAGUACCUUAGUGCGUACUGUAUGUGCUGUUACUGUUACUGUGUGCCGUACAUAUGUUUAUGUCUGCUUAUGUAUACCUGAACGUCUGUGAAAACCAAGUUAAGCCAUGCGACAUGAAUUUCAAUUGAAGUUAAA